CCCCCUCCCCCGCUACCAAAAUCCCACCACACAAACCCAAAACAGUAGGUCAACUUGUAAUGUCAGUUCUCUCAUGGGCUUACCGCUUCAGUUUGAUAUUUGCCUUACUCAGUUUGGAAAACCAGUGGAUUUUGUUUUCUAGCUAGAAAGAAAAGGUGGGGAGAAAUGAUCAUCUUGUGGCUAGCAUCAGUUGACUGGACUUAAGCUGCUGAGUUUACAUACCUUCUGUCUAGUAUCAUUAAUAAUUCUUGCUUUGUUUUUACAUGUGCAGCAGGGAUUCCAUACAGGGCAAGGAGUCUGCUGUGAGGUCUGGGUGAAAUGGCGAGCCUUCUGCGUGUUGCUGUUAGUGGGUGCUCAACUCCUGUUUUUGGCAAUGUGUUACCACCUAAGGUGCGUUCUGCAAAGAUGCUGUGUUUGCGAAUGUUUAGAAUCUGCCAGAUGUUCAGGUCUCGGGCAGCUCCAAAGCCAGGAAUUCCUUAUAAACAGCUGACUGUAGGUGUCCCCAAGGAGAUAUUUGAGAAUGAGAAGAGAGUGGCUCUAUCACCAGCUGGAGUUCAAGCCUUGGUUAAACAAGGCUUCAAUAUUGUAGUGGAGUCUCGUGCUGGAGAAGCUUCCAAAUUUUCUGAUGACCAUUACAGAGAAGUCGGAGCAAAGAUCCAGGGGACCAAGGAAGUCCUGGCUUCUGAUCUGAUUAUCAAAGUGAGGGCUCCUAUAUAUAACUCGGCUCUAGGUGUCGAGGCAGAUCUUUUUAAGACAGCAGCUACCCUGAUUAGUUUUAUCUACCCAGCACAAAAUCCAGACCUCCUGACAAAACUUGCAGAAAAAAAGACUACUGUCUUGGCUAUGGAUCAGGUUCCACGGGUCACCAUUGCUCAGGGUUAUGAUGCACUUAGUUCCAUGGCCAACGUUGCUGGUUACAAGGCUGUGGUACUGGCAGCAAAUCACUUUGGUCGAUUUUUCACGGGUCAGAUCACAGCUGCUGGUAAAGUUCCUCCAGCAAAGGUCUUGAUCAUUGGAGGAGGAGUUGCUGGCCUGGCUUCUGCAGGAGCAGCUAAAUCAAUGGGUGCAGUUGUUCGUGGAUUUGAUACUAGAGCUGCAGCUCUGGAACAGUUCGAGUCUCUUGGUGCUGAGCCUUUGGAAGUAGACUUAAAGGAAUCUGGAGAGGGACAAAGUGGUUACGCUAAAGAAAUGUCCAAAGAAUUUAUUGAAGCUGAAAUGAAACUCUUUGCCAAACAGUGCCAAGACGUUGAUAUUAUCAUCACUACAGCACGUAUUCCAGGCAAAAGAGCUCCCAUCUUGUUUAAGAAAGAUAUGAUUGAAUCAAUGAAGGAAGGUUCAGUUGUUGUGGAUUUAGCUGCAGAAGCAGGGGGAAACAUUGAGACUACAAAUCCUGGAGAAAUAUAUGUUUUUAAGGGUGUUACACACAUUGGCUACACAGAUCUGCCUAGCAGAAUGGCUACUCAGGCUAGUACUCUGUAUUCCAAUAAUAUUAUCAAACUCCUAAAGGCUAUUAGUCCUGACAAAGAGAACUUCUACUUUGAUCCAAAAGAUGAAUUUGAUUAUGGGACUCUGGAUCAUGUUAUUAGAGGAACUGUAGUAAUGAAGGAUGGCAAGGUGAUUUUCCCAGCACCUCUACCAAAUAACAUUCCUCAAGGACCCCCUGUGAAGCAGAAGACUGUAGCAGAGCUGGAAGCAGAAAAAGCAGCUACUAUUUCACCUUUUAGAAAAACUACGACUAGUGCAUCUGUAUACACAGCAGGUUUAGUGGGCAUGUUAGGACUGGGCAUCAUAGCUCCUACUACUGCUUUCACACAAAUGGUGAUGAUGUUUGGCCUAGCUGGAAUAGUGGGGUACCAUACAGUAUGGGGUGUGACUCCUGCUCUUCGCUCUCCACUCAUGUCAGUGACUAAUGCUAUCUCAGGACUAACUGCAGUUGGUGGACUGGUAUUGAUGGGUGGAAACUAUCUCCCUGAAAACACUCCUCAAAGUCUAGCAGUGCUUUCAGCCUUUAUCUCUUCAGUCAACAUUGCAGGUGGGUUUCUAGUUACACAGAGAAUGCUGGAUAUGUUCAAACAUCCCACAGAUCCUCCUGAGUACAACUACUUGUACUUACUUCCUGGUGGUGUAUUUGUAGGCGGCUAUGUAGCUGCUCUCAAUGGUGGCUAUAAUAUUGAACAGCUCUCAAUAGGUUUGACAAUUGCUAAAUGCAUCCAGAUUACAGAUCUGCCUCAGCUAGUGGCUGCUUUCCAUAGUUUGGCUGCUGUGCUCACCUGUGUAGCAGAAUACAUGAUUGAAUAUCCUCACUUCGCUACUGAUCCAGCUGCAAACCUCACCAAGAUUGUGGCGUACCUUGGCACAUACAUUGGCAGGGUGACUUUCAGUGGCUCUCUUGUUGCUUAUGGAAAACUGCAAGGUGUCCUGAAUUCUGCACCACUGCUCUUGCCUGGUCGACAUGCAUUGAAUGCAGGAUUGCUGGCUGCCAGUGUUGGAGGAAUGGUUCCAUACAUGAUUGAUCCUGGUUACACUAUUGGAAUUACUUGUUUAGGUUCUGUCUCAGCUGUCUCAGCCAUAAUGGGUGUCACUUUAACAGCAGCUAUUGGAGGUGCUGACAUGCCUGUAGUUAUUACUGUCCUGAACAGUUAUUCUGGAUGGGCUUUGUGUGCUGAGGGCUUCCUACUGAACAACAACUUGCUGACCAUUGUUGGUGCACUCAUUGGCUCCUCUGGUGCUAUCCUCUCUUACAUCAUGUGUGUGGCUAUGAACCGUUCCCUUGCAAAUGUGAUUCUAGGGGGCUAUGGCACCACAUCAACAGCUGAUGGGGAGCCCAUGGAAAUUACUGGAACCCACACGGAAAUCAAUGUGGACAAUGCAAUUGAAGUGAUAAAGGAAGCCAAUAACAUUAUUAUUACUCCUGGUUAUGGUUUGUGUGCAGCAAAAGCUCAGUACCCCAUAGCUGAUCUAGUGAAGAUGUUGAGAGAACAAGGGAAAAAUGUCAGGUAAGUACUUUACUUGAUG